UAUGGCUGGUCGCGUGACGGUCUCUUCCGCAAGCAUAAAGCUGUUUGUUGUUAGCAAAUGUGGGAACUCCAAAAAAAAUGGAGGGGUUUAGACGGCUAGUAAACUAUUUUUUAUCGCUAUCUGCAGUAUGGAAUGUCGGUCAUUUCAAGGACAGUGGAAUGCUCUUUCCUCGAGAGUCGUCGUCGCGAGAGAUCAAAGAGCUGAAUGGGCUAUGGAACUUCAGAGCCGACCUCUCGCGCAACAGGAACUUGGGCUUUGAACAAGCAUGGUACAAAAGUCGCCUUGCAGAGAGUGGUCCAGUGAUUGACAUGCCAGUGCCCGCCAGCUACAAUGACAUCACCCAGGACCCACGGCUGAGGGAUUUCAUUGGCUGGGUGUGGUACGAGAGAGAAGUGUUGGUACCCUCAGGAUGGGUGUCUGAUGUGGGAACAAGAGUUGUGCUGAGAGUUGGGAGUGCACACUACUACUCAGUGGUCUGGGUGAAUGGGGUCAAAGUGAUGGAGCACGAGGGCGGCCAUCUUCCCUUUGAGGCUGAGAUAGUUGAGGUCCUCCGUAACAACCCAGGUGGGGCCUGCAGGAUCACCAUAGCUGUCAACAACACCCUGACUCUCCAAACCUUGCCCCCAGGGACCAUCCAACAUAUAGACGACCCCACCAGGUAUCCUGCUGACUAUGUUGUGCAAAACACCAACUUUGACUUCUUCAACUAUGCUGGUUUGCACCGUCCUGUAGUGUUGUACACCACUCCUAAGGCAUAUGUGGAUGACAUCACAGUGGUGACAGCCUUUGCUGACAACAUUGGUCUGCUCUCCUACCAGGUGUCGGUGCUGGGCAGUCCCAACCCCACGGUGACGGUGACUCUCUCGGACAAAGAUGGCCGUUGUGUGGCCUCUUCCACUGGACCCUCUGGGGUCCUCAAAGUGACGGACGUCAACCUGUGGUGGCCGUAUCUAAUGCAUGAGAAUCCAGGUUAUCUGUAUUCUAUGGGGGUUCAUAUGACAGCAGGUGGCGAGGGUUCUGUCUAUGAGGAUGUGUAUGCUCUGCCUGUGGGCAUCCGCACUGUGCAGGUCACCAACACACAAUUCCUCAUCAACCACAAACCCUUCUAUUUCCAUGGAGUCAACAAACAUGAGGAUGCUGAUAUCCGAGGUAAAGGCCUGGACUGGCCCCUGAUCGUGAAGGAUUUCAACCUGUUGAAGUGGCUUGGGGCCAACUCGUUCAGGACCAGCCACUACCCCUACGCUGAGGAGAUAUUGCAGAUGGCAGACCGCCAUGGCAUCGUGGUCAUUGACGAGUGUCCUGGGGUGGGCAUCAAAGACAUCCGUAGUUUCGGGAACGCCUCCCUGUCGCAUCACCUGGCGGUCAUGGACGAACUGGUGAGGAGGGACAAGAACCACGCCUCCGUGGUCAUGUGGUCUGUAGCCAAUGAGCCGGCCGCUGAGAUGCCCCCUGCUGAAUACUAUUUCAAAACACUGAUAGCUCAUACCAAAUCUCUGGACCCCACUCGACCUGUCACCUUUAUCACAGACAGUAACUUUGCCAGGGACAAAGGGGCUCCCUAUGUGGAUGUGAUCUGUGUUAACAGUUAUUUCUCCUGGUACCACGACCCAGGUCACCUGGAGGUCAUCCCCUUCCAGCUCAACACCCAGUUUGAGAACUGGUACGGGAAGUACCAGAAACCUAUUAUCCAGAGUGAAUAUGGCGCCGACGUGGUUCCAGGGCUACACACAGAUCCUCCCAUGAUGUUUACUGAGGAGUACCAGAAGAUAGUCUUACAGAACUACCAUGAUGUGUUUGACCAGAAGAGGAAGGAGUAUGUCAUUGGAGAGUUAAUCUGGAACUUUGCUGACUUCAUGACAGCACAAACGGUGACCCGUGUUGUGGGCAACAAGAAGGGCAUCUUCAGUCGGCAGAGGCAGCCCAAAGCUGGCGCCUUCCUCCUGAGGGAGAGGUACUGGAGGCUGGCCAAUGAGACGGGCCUGCUGCCCAUCAGGGCUAGGUACCCCUGCUACCUGGCCACGUACCCCUGAUACACCUGGAUGGGGGGGACACAGCACCUGGGUCGUAUUCAUUAGCGCACAAUCCCUCACAUCGUAACGAAACAUUUUAGCUAUUGGACAAGUCCAGGUAGUCCUUCUGUUUGUCUGUUUUUGUUCCGUUUGGUGCCUAAUGAACACAACCCUGUAUGGGGGACAAACCCACUACUCAGACCACCUGCUCAGUGCCUUAUGACAACUACAAUACUAAGAAGACCACAUCAGAUUAUUACCAGAACCAACCUCACUGGAUCUUUUGGCUGAGUAUUUGUCUUCCCCUGUUUUUAAUUCAGGGAUCAACCAAUUUUAUGCAUGAACUUGAAUCAUGAGGCUGUUCCGUGUCCGUGUAAAUGAAUGGGAAUGUGAUGUAUGAAAGAUCAUACAUAAUAAUGUAUGAAAGAUCAUGUAUUUUUUCAACUCUUGUCUUUCAUGUGUAUUCUUCUUAGAAUGCUUGCUGGCUCAAUGUUAAGACUUCACCCCUUGCCUUUUUUCAGAUUUUGUUGUGUUACAGCCUGAAUUUAAAAUGGAUUAAAUAUAGUUUUUAUGUCACUGGCCUACACACAAUAA